AUGAGGCUUAAAACUGCAACUUUAAUCAACAUUAUUUUUCUGAUAGAUUUGUUAUUUGGGUUUUAUUAUGACAGAAAUAUAAAACAAAUAAGAAAAUCUGGUGACUGUAACCUGGAUACGAUCUAUUCUCUGUUAGAAAUUUGGAAGAGAAAACCAAAAAAAAAAAGUGAAUAUGCAAGUCCUAUUGAGGAAUCUGAUAAAAAUUCAGAUUCAGAAAUUGAAAGUAAUGAUCAAAACUCAAAAAUGAAUAACAAAAAGAAAAAAAAAAGCAAUAAAUUGAAGAAAAGGCUAAAAAGGAUUCCCAGAUUCUUUAGAAGAAUAUUUAGAAGAAAGAAGGGUAAAAAUAAGAUUAAAAGGAGAGUUAAACACAAGAAAAAACAUUUGGAUGAUCAUUUAGUUUCAAUUGAGAAGCCACAAAUUAAAGUUGAAACACCAGACAAACCAAAAACUGACUCAAAACCAGAAGUUGAGAUUGAGUCAAGCUCUAGAUUUAAAUCUGUGUCUAUUGGUGGAAAUGAUAUAGAUUCUAGCCAGAAUAAAUUACUAGAUGAUAAUUCCCCUGAGCCGCUAGAUGCUUGGAAAAUUUCGAGACCAAUUAGGCAAGUUGAUUAUGGAAAUGAACAUUUUAUUAGUGAACUGAAAAAUAAGUUACUCCUUCAACAAGAUAAAUAUGGGGAAAGCAACUCUUUAAUUACGGGAGCCCUCCAAAAUAGAAAAGGAAGGAUUAAAGAAAUGGCAAAUGAGCAGUUGUACUCUUAUUUAGAUAACCAUAUUUCUACUAACACCGGUGGGAUUAAUCUCAUAAUAAACUUGAAUGAGUUAAUAUCAUCAACAAGUAUUGAUCGAAAGUUCCUUGAACAGGAGCCAAUAAAUAACAAUAUUGAAGAAGCAAUCAAGAAAGCAUUCAAAAAAGAAGAUGAUAGCUACAGAGUUAAGAUAGAUACACUUUAUAACCUUUAUAAUCAAAAUGUUGGCCACGAAUGUACAUUUUCAUUUAUGGAUGAUUUGAUUAGGAUGUAUUACAAUGCAUUUAUGGAGUUUAAAUCUGUGGAAGAAGGAUACUAUUAUCUAUUGGACCCCAGAAAAAACACUCAAAGCGAUAGAGCUGGAAGUAUUAACAAAACUUUUUAUGGAAUGAAGGAUGCAAAAUCAAAAAUGAGAGAAAUCCUUAUGAAAUAUGUAAACUGUCAUAUGUUAACAUUCUUCUUUAUUAGAAUUGAUGAUAUUAACAUUGGAAAUCACGAAGAAAAAUGUACUACAAAAGAUUUAAUUAUUCUCAUUUACUAUCAAAACGUCUUUCUAGCGUUGAAAAAGUUAAAUUACUUCACAUUAAAAGAAAAAGAAAAUGAAAUUUCUGAGUUAAAUCAAAUGUUUAUUUCAGGAAUAGAUUCAUUAUCAGAAGAAAAAAGGAUUAAAUAUAAUAUGUUAUACAACCUUUCAAAUAAGUUAUUAUCUUUAGAAAAUAAUGCCACUUUAUAUGGAGAAUUGAUCCAAGUAAUUGAUCAGAAGCUUUCACUAUGUUUGACUUAUAUCGUAAGAAAUUACGAAUCAAACCAAGAAUAUACAAAGCUUUAA